AUGAUAAACCAUUGUCAUAUCGACUUAUACUCCUGCGUGGUUGGUGUGAAUGUGACCAUCCAACCUCUAAUUGGUAAAUGUUACAAAAACCCAACUGCCAUUAAUUUCAUGCUUAAUGUGGCUUCAAUGAAAACUUUGAAACUCCUCGACGAUCCACCUCCGCAACGUCGCAGUGGGCGGCGAUCCAGUGUAAAAUCGAGUGUUGGGCAAAUUAUUAAAGAGGAAACCAGAAAUUUCCUGCAUAAUCUUAAACAUCAUAUUCAAAUAACUGCG